AUGCCGGAUGAAACGAAGAUCCUAGUGCUCAAUCCAGACCCAGAAAACUUAGAGAAAGCUUUGGCAAAAGCCAAUGGGCAAAAUAAAAAGUUGGGGCCAUUUAUGGCAACCAUAUUGAUGGGAGAUGUCAUACCAGUGGGCAAACCACUACCCCGUACAGAGGUAUUGGAAAGUACGUAUUUCACACAAGGUGGUAACGGGGUUUCUGAAGAGGUUUCACUAAAAUCACUAUCUGAGCUGUCUUCUAGCUUAGUUGAUGUGGCUGAAAAUCUCACCUACGUUAAGCCUCCGUAUAGUAUCAUCAGGUUGGUAUCGGGUGUGACGAUGUUGAUUGUUUCUGGUGAACUUCUGAAAGAGGCUCUCACAAAAAUAUCACAAACAAAAGCAAGCAUCGAUUUGCUUUUCACCUUCAAGUGGGCAAAAACAAUGUCGCUCAUCGCAUCGGUUCCUGUUGACGGUGAAGAGCUAAUAGACGAUUUGGUAAAACUUAUCAAACCAAAAUAUCAUUUUGCCGUGGGCAACUCCGAAAGCGGAAUCUAUCACGAGAAUGAACCGUUUUCAUGGCCUAGUGGCGAGGUCACUAGAUUUAUUAGUUUGGCACAAGAGGGAAGUAAUGAAAAAUGGUUUUACGCAUUCACGAUCAACGAUAAUGAAGAGCCUUUAACCGCGUCGGUUAAAAAUCCAUAUCUUACGAAGAAAAGAUCAAACGAAGAUCGAGACAGUGGCAAAGAUGUGGCUCCCUCAAAGAAGGCGAAAGUUGUGACUCCUGAUCAGUGCUUUUUCUGCUUAAGCAAUCCUAAAACCGAGACGCAUAUGAUUGUAUCGAUUGGUUCACAAGCGUAUUUAACGGUUGCAAAAGGUCCACUUACAAGAUCUAAUAAAGACUUAUCAUUCUCUGGUCACGGAAUUAUAAUUCCGAUCCAGCACAUCGCCAGUGUCAAUGAUCUUAAUAGCCCCAUACGGCAAGAGAUCACCAAGUUUCAACAAACCUUGGUAAAAGCUUUUGCGAAUCAGAAACCGUUUCUUAGAUUGAUAUUUUUUGAGUUGAACCGUCACGACAAUGUUCAUCACAAUGUCCAAUUCUUGCCUGUUUACGAGUCGCAGCUUGAUAACUUUUCGAAAUCAUUGCAGUAUAGAACCAAAAUCAAUAACGAAAAAUUUAAGCGGAAUCAGAGUCUUGAGUUUGUUGAGUUUGGUAACGGCAAUGAUCCAGCACUCGAGGCCAUUGAAAAGGAGAACGAUUACAUCAAGUUUACUGUAUACACGGGCGAGCAAGAGUCACAAAUUUACAUCGCCAAAUUGACCAAAGGCAAACCACUCGACAUACAAUUCCCUAGAAGAGUGCUUGCGCACAUGCUAAAUCUACCCGAUCGCGUUCAAUGGGAUAAAUGCAAACAACCGAAAGUCAAGGAGAUGGCUGACUGUGAGGAAUUUAAACAAUUUUAUAGCAAAUAUGACUUCACCUAA